UGUAGUUCGUCCUGGGAGACGGAGGGUCGAGGAGUGUGGCGGCGGGUGUCUGGCCAAGAGCCUCCUGCUGCUGCUGCUCCACCUGUCACUGCCCGCGCCGCCAUGGAGAAUGAUAUCCUCGACUCCCUGGAGGACCUCGGGUAUACUGGGGACAUAUCUGACGAAGCCAGCUUGAAGGCGGUGGUGGAUGGGAGUGAGGGAGGACCGCACAAUGUGGCUUACACUAAACUUGUCGCCUGGGUGACUGGUGAACUGCGCAUCUUGGCCAACCUUGAAGAGAUGGUUAAUGCAACAACUUCUCCAGAUGACCAUUCAGCUUUCAUCAUGGAAGUUUCAUCAUUUCUUAAGGAGCUGAAUUGUCCUCACAGCCAGUUAACCGAAGGUGCCAUGAGUCAACGUCUGAGCAAUGCAAAGUCGAGACUACUGUUGCUGGAUUUUAUUUUAGCUGAACUAAUGGCUGCACGCAUGAUAUCUGCUGCAAAACCUGAUCAGGGCAUGACAGUAGAGAUGCGUGAGAGCGAGCAGGCACGUGACCUAAAAUCGUUGCUUAUUUCUCUGGGUUUCCCAAAACCUCCAGCCAAUAUUACACCACAGCAACUCUUUGUAAAGGUAGAGCAAAAGGUGAAUGAUGUUAAAAGUAAAGCUAAUGCUUCUUUGAUUGGUAAACCACUUUUCACUGGUGUCCUGUCAGACAAACAAUGGAAGAUGCUGGAAGAGAUGCAAAAGGAAAUGCAGAAUGAAUAUCGAAUGCGAAGAGAAAUGAUGAUUAAGCGUCUGGAUGUCACCAUACAAUCAUUUCAGUGGUCAGACAAAGCUAAAAUGCGAGAAAAUGAUUUGACACAAGCCUUUAGGACAAGACGUAACAAUAUGAAAGAGGAACCCAACGUCUCAAUUGGUGACAUGCUUGCUGCUCGUGAGGAUCUUGCUGUUCUAGAGAAAACAAGUAAUGCUUCCGUUCGCAAGCAGACAAAAUCUAAUCUAAAUAAAAUCAUCAUUGGUAGAGUUCCUGACAGAGGUGGUCGUACAAAUGAGCUAGAGCCUCCCCCUCCAGAGAUGCCAUCUUGGACACAGAGAUCAGGUGGUGGUGGUGGUGGUGGUGGAGGAGGAGGAUUUGGUGGUGGUGGUAGUGGAGGACGUGGCGGAGGUCGUGGAGGAGGCCGUGGUGGGGGAUUCAACUCUGGAAAUGAUCGUGUUCAGGGUGGUUGGAAUCAGGGUGGUGGUGGGUAUGAUAACCGUGGUGGUGGUGGAGGGUAUGAUAACCGUGGUGGAGGCGGAUAUAACAGAGGGUAUGAUAACCGUGGCGGUGGAGGAUAUGAUAACCGGGGUGGUGGUAGAGGAUAUGAUAAUAGAGGUGGCGGAGGAUAUGACAAUCGAGGUGGUGGUGGGGGCUAUGAUAACCGGGGUGGAGGUGGCGGUGGGGGUUAUGGUUGGGGUGGUGGUGGCGGCGGUUAUGAUAACCGCGGUUAUGACAACAGAGGUGGGCAUGGGGGCAGAGGUGGCGGACGAGGUGGCAGAGGUGGUGGUAGGGGAGGCAGGUAUUAAAAUUACAAAAAUUGUAUGCACCAUGUAAUUGGAGAUAUCAUCUGUGGCAUUUACCAGUGCACCAUCUAACAAUUUAUUUAUAUACGUUAUUUAAAAAGCAGUUAUACCCUACGAUAUACUUUUUAGUAAGAGGUGAAAAUUUCAUUAUAGUGCAUGAUAGCCACUUAUAUAACAUUAAAUUGCUACUUUUUUGUAAAAAUAUAUAACAUAUGUACUCUGGAGGCACACUUAGCAGUUUUUAUGUAAAAAACAGAAUGUGAUGUGAUGUCUCCCUUAAAGUCAGUAAACAAGAAAUUCUUCAGAGGUUAAUUAUCAAUAACAUUAAAAGAUAGGCCAGUUCCAUGGUGAAUUCUGGUGAAUGCUCACCAGUUGUUCUUUGCAUGAUCAUUAUUCUUGUGUGAAAUGCUGUAUCUCUAGCCUAACGGUGUCUGUAUUCGUUAAGAAUAACUUGCUAAUUACAUAAAGAAAUUCAUGUAAAGAUUUUUUAAUCAUUCCUUUUUGUGAAGUUAAAUCAUAGAAUUAAAUCCUUUACAGAGGAAUGUAAUUGAAUAAUCUUGAUAUACUGUGGUAUAUAAAUAAUAAUAAUAAUUAUAUACCAGUAGAGAUUGUGAUCUAAUAUGAAAGAUCCAAAUGUCAUUUGCCGAUGCAGUGUGGAGUUAGUUAAUUUGUUGAAGAUCCUUGCUUGCCUUUUGCCUCUUAAAGUGAGAAACAGCUUGCAUUGCUGGUAAUUAAAUCCUUUUGCUUUGGCUAGGAAAGACUGAAUAAAGUCUUUAUUAUAAAAAUUAUUUGCUGUAAUUGUGAAGUAAUUCUUCAGAAAAUAAUACUGUACUUUCUUCAAGAAUUGUGAACUCUGACAAGGAAGAAGUUGGCUGGUAAUACUUUCAUUAUAAGCAAACAUUCACAAAAGUCAACAGUUGUUUUAUGACCAAGAUGUCAUGACUUCCAUCAUUUCAUAAUAAAGUUCUAAGGCAUUUAAUAUGGCAGUGAAAGUCAUUUACAAUACUUAUAACCUGUUGCCUAAAAACUGUAAACACAUUCUAAAUAUUUUUGGAUUUUGAGCACUAAGUUGCAACCGAUUCCAAAAACUAAAAUGUCAAAAUGUGGUAACACUGGACUUCUCUAAAUGCUUAUUCUGUAAGUUAUUAGGGUUGUUUCAGGGCAUCCUGUAUCAGGAGAGCCUGUAUAAUUACUUAGAAUUAUUGGAAUACUACCUGUUUUGAUAUUUGUUAACCAUUGGUCAAGUUUACACUAUAUUCCAAAUGUUUUGCUGGUGACUCAAAUUCAUGCCUAGUUGUAAAUCCAGCCAUACCUUACCUUGUGAUGAUUUUGGGGUUUAGCGUCCCUGCGGCCCUGUCGUCGACCAGGCCUCCUGGUCGACGACCAUAAAUAUUUUGAAAUUGAAAUUACAUACCACGUAGCCAUAUUGUUACUUUUGUGUUUCAUAAGUAAGUUAUGUCCUUGUAAAAACCAUGGGUACAAAAUAGGAACUGCUGUACUUGCAAGAUAUUACAUAUGCGUGUGUGUGAUUGUUUCAUUUAUUGUUUAACUUUGUUUACUGUUACUGUGUACAGUGGUGAAUCAGCUGGCAUUACCGUCAAUAAAAAAAAGUGUCCAGGU